AUGAUGGAGCCUGGCCGGCCGGCGAGCAGGGCCGAGCACAUAAAUACGGACUGCAUCCGCGGGCCGGCUCACUGUCAAGGUGAAGCCCCGCCAACAAACAUGAACACCGCCGUCGUCGUCCUCGCCGUGGCCCUAGUGGCGCAGGUGUACGCAGCGCCGCCACCCUUCAUGAAGAAGUGCAUGGAGGACAACGGCGUCACCAUGGAGGACGCGAUCAAGUUUGGCAAGACCGGUGAGGCUAGCGACAACAUGAAGUGCAACUUGAAGUGCAUGAUGCUGGCGGGUGGGGCGAUGAAGGAAGACGGCACCCUGGUGAUGGCGCCCAUGCUGGAGCACGCGCCGGAGAAGCUCCACGACGCCAUCAAGCAGUGCAUCGACAUCGAAAAGAGCUCCGACCUCUGCGACGUGGCUUACCGACACAACAAGUGCAUUCGCGACAAGGCCACCGACGUUUUCAUAGAGUUGGCCGAGAAGAAGGCUGCCAUGGCUGCUAGCUAAGCUCGUCCGGAGGUCACUCUCUCUCUCUCUGCAUUCGCCCAACGCGACCUCGAACAUCAUAUCCACCACAAUCUCCUCGCUGAUACUAGAUAUUUCUGCUACUCACCUCAAACUAUAGCUUUUGCUCUGUCUGUACCGCUGACAUAUGGAAGAAUAUACGUUAUUUGCCAACGAAA